AUGAGUUCUGAACCAAAUGAAGAUAUUAUUAAGACUCCUCAAGAAGUUAAAUAUUUUAUCAUAGAAUCAAAUGAAAAAUAUAAAUUACAUGGAAAAGAUAAAUCGGAUGACCCUGAUAUAGAUGAAGAUACUAAGCAUCAAAUAAUUAAAUUCUUUAUUGUGAGAUUAAAUGAAGAAUAUAAAUCAUAUCAAAAAAAUAUGAGAUUUCGUCAAAAUCUGUACGUUGCAGAGAUUUUUAUAUCGUUGAUUUCUAUUUUUCUUGGUCAAUUAUUCGCAUUGGCGGAAGACUCCGAUAUAAUGGCGAAAAUUGGAACUCAAAUAUCAUCAAUAUUUGGUGCAAUUGGUGUGUUAGUAACUGUUGUUACUGCAUAUCUUAACAAUACUGCACAGAAAUAUCUUGAAACAGGUAGUUCAACUGAACUCGAUGAGAAUACGUUCAAACCUAUGUAUUUACAUAUUAAUGAUAAAGUUAUUAAGAAUUUUGGUAAUUCAUUCAAAGGAAAAUCAGAACCGUCUGAUAAGCUCACAUUGCUUGAUUUUUAUGUAAUUAAAUUGAUGCGAAGAAAUGAUAUUUUGUUAAGAGAAAGAAUUUUCGAUAUGACAGUUUCUGUUUUUUUCUUUUUUUUCAUUCUCGGAAUAUCAAUUUUUUUAUCGCUUCUUUUUCAAGUUCCAAAUCAAACCUACAUAACUAGGGAUGAAGAACGAAUUUUAAGACUUUCUUUGAUGUAUUUAGGAGGAAUCUGGAUUGUUUUAAUUAUUCUUUCAAAAUCAUUUGAUUUUAUUGAAACUUUAGAAUUUAGAGUUUAUGCUAAAAAGGAUGAUAAUCUUCCUGAGGGAUUAAUUAAAUACGAAAGAGAUUUAAUGGAGGAACUUACUGACGAUCCUAAGACAAUACCUAAAAGAAAAUUACAUAGAGUUCGCUUGAAAUUAUAUCCACAAUGGGUUGCUAAUAUUGAAUUAAUUCUAAAUGGAAUCGGACCUAUAAUUGAUGAGAAGGAUUAUAAUAAAUUUAGUAAUAGAACUAUAUCUAGACAAGUUUAUACCGCGAAUAAAAAUUUUAAAAAAAGUGAGUAG